AUGCCAAGAGACCCACUAAUUGGUAUCGUAGGGAAGCCUUCCUCAGGUAAAUCUACCACUCUCAAUUCGCUAACCGAUGCGGCCGCAGCUAUGGGGGCUUUCCCUUUCACCACAAUUGAUCCCAACAGGGCCACUGGGUACGUUCAAGUCGAUUGCGCGUGUUCCAGAGUUGGGAAGCAAGAUCUUUGUAAACCCAACUAUGGUUGGUGCUCAAAUGGUAAGAGACAUAUACCCAUUAUGUUGCUGGACGUUGCCGGUUUAGUUCCUGGGGCACACGCUGGGAGAGGUCUUGGUAAUAAGUUCCUGGACGACUUGAGACAUGCUGAUGCAUUGAUUCACGUCGUUGACGUCAGUGGUACUACGGAUGCGGAAGGAAAGAACACAAGAGGUUACGACCCAUUGAACGAUAUUGAAUGGCUGCAGGAUGAGAUCAGAUUAUGGAUUGAAGGUAACUUGAAGAAAAGAUGGGGGUCUAUUGUGCGUAGACACACAGCAACCAAGUCUAAUGUAGUCGAUACUUUGCAAGCACAAUUCGGUGGUUAUGGUUCACAGGCAACUAUGAUUCAGAGAGCGCUCGAUAGAAUUAACGAUUUACCACCUUUGCAAGAUUGGGAUGACUCGUGGAUUACUAAAGUGGUCAAGUCAUUUAUGGAAGAGAAAUUCCCCACGGUGCUUGCAUUAAACAAAAUCGAUCAUCCAGAUGCUGAUAAGAACGUUUCGAAGAUAAUGUUGAAAUACCCAGACACAAAGGCAGUAUUGACUAGUGCCAUAACAGAGAUAUUCCUGAGAAAGCUUAACAAACAGAAAUUCAUUCGUUACGAAGAAGGUACCGAAUUUGUAGACACAUUUGAAGAUGAUCCUGAGAAUUUGAAGCCAGUGGAUGAAAAGGUUUUGGAAAGAAUUGAAAAUAUCAGAGAUUUAGUACUCUACAGGUUUGGUUCUACCGGUGUUGUGCAGGUUUUACAAGCAGCUACAGGUGUUCUCAAUUUAAUGCCCAUCUAUACGGUGAAGAAUAUCCAAACUUUUACCGGUGGUAAUGGAAUCAACGUGUUCAGAGAUUGUUUCCUAGUGAAGAAAGGAACACCGGUUGGGAAAGUCACUAAAUAUAUAAUGGGAACUGAAGUUACAAUAGCUGCUAUUGAAACAGUAGGUGGUGUCAGAGUCAGCGAGGAUAGCUUAGUCGAGCCCGGUAAGAACGAUAUACUGAGCUUCAAAAUCGCACCUAGAAGUAAAGAAUAA